AUGGCGCGUAAAAGAGUCAAGAAGAGGACGCAUGUCGGCGCCAACAAUCCGGCUACCGUUGCCGAAAACCAUGGCUCCAAGGACCCCAAGAGUAUGGUCAUCCGCAUUGGCGCUGGUGAGGUCGGCUCCAGCGUCAGUCAACUCGCCGCCGAUUUCCGAAAGGUCAUGGAACCAGGAACUGCGGCACGCUUGAAGGAGCGCAGAGCAAACCGAUUGAAGGACUACGUCGUCAUGACCGGACCCCUUGGCGUUACCCACCUUAUGCUCUUCUCCCGCUCCGAAAGUGGCAACACCAACCUGCGCGUUGCCCUCACGCCUCGUGGUCCGACAUUGAACUUCCGAGUUGAGAAGUACUCCCUCUGCAAGGAUGUUCAGAAGGCCCAGAGACGCCCGAAGGGCAGCGGCAAGGAGCAGCUUGCGCCUCCUCUGCUGGUUAUGAACAACUUCCACACGCCUGAUGCCAACGCCACUUCUAAGGUGCCCAAGCAUCUGGAAUCUCUAGUGACCUCGGUGUGGUCCAGCGUCUUUCCUCCUUUGAACCCGAAUGCGACCCCCCUCAGCAAGAUCAAGCGAACGUUACUGCUCAACCGCGAGAAGGACCCGGAAAACGAAGGAUCUUUCAUCAUCAACCUCAGACACUACGCCAUCACCACACGCUCUACAGGCAUUUCGAGACCGUUACGGAGACUUGAAAAGGCUGAGAAGCUGUUGGCCUCCAAGACAAACGGAAAGGGCGGCGUACCGAACCUGGGAAAGCUCGAGGACAUUGCCGAUUUCCUUCAAGGAGGGGAGAACGGUGAUGGAUAUCUUACGGACGCUACGAGCGGCAGUGAGAUCGAUAGCGAUGCUGAGGUUGAGGUCAAGGAGCAGAAGGCUCAGAAGAUUAAGAAGAGCGCUGCACCCGUCGACGACGAAGCCGCAGAGGAAGACGACGCUGUCGAGAAGCGUGCCGUCAAGCUGGUCGAAUUGGGACCGCGCAUGCGUUUGCGUUUGACCAAGGUCGAAGAAGGCUUGUGCUCUGGCAAGGUCAUGUGGCACGAGUAUGUCCACAAAACCAAGGAGGAAGUCAAGGAAUUGGAAAAGCGCUGGGAGAAGAGGCAGCAAGAGAAGGAGGCCCGCAAGAAACAACAGAGGGAGAACGUUGAGAAGAAGCGGAAAGCCAAAGCCGAGAAGGGCGAUGCUGCGGACGACGACAGUGAUGUUGACAUGGACUAUGACGAGUUUGACAGCGAGGGCCUGGAGGGUGAUGCUGAAUACAAGGUCAAUGAGGGUAUGGAGGACACUGGGGAAUGGGAGGAUGAGGAAGACGAGAUUGCCAACGGCUGA